AUGUCUGUCUUCUUGUUCUGUGCUGUAUGCACUGUUGCAGUCGUAUCGUCAUUUCCAAUGGAAGGUUUUGCAGUACAAAAUACUGUGGGCCCCCCAACGAACUUCUUCAGUAAGUUCAUUCCGAAAAGUGCCGUAGCCAACAUGACUAGUAACCCAAUGCUGCAGUGGAUACCUGACUUUAUAUCACAAACCGUCAAUGCUGCCAGGGAGAGGAAGAUGAUGAAACAAAUGCGACAGUCUAUGAUGACUGAUGUUGACAUGGGCGGUCUCGGAGGAAUGAUGGCCCAGAGUCCUGGAGGAUCGAUGGGUCUGUCUCUAUCCAAUACUGGUGCUCAAGGCUUCGCCAUGGCGGCUGACAAUCCAAUGGGAGAGUUGUUCGCAGGAGGUUAUGGCGCGAUGGCAGAUGGAAUGAUAUAG